AUGUCUCACAACCUUAUUUGCUUGCUUAAGCUCAUCAUCAGCAACAAUAGUGCUGUCCUAAUCACAGGAUCGAAAAGAUUAAGACGGGUUGAGCUAGUGCAGGGUCUGAGACAAGGGUGUGCCCUGUCACCCACCCUGUUCAUGCUGUACAUCUCAAGAUUGGAGAGAAGGCUUGUAGAAUCGGGCCGGGGAGUGAAGAUUAGGACCUCGAAAAACAUCUUCGAGAAUAAAGAAAGUAGAGUGAGAGUAAUCCCAGGGGUGCUAUACGCAGAUGAUCUCCUUCUGCUAGCACACUCCUGGUCUGAAAUGAAACAGUUGCUGCAGAUCACCACAGAAGUGGGAAACGAGUUAAGACUGGUCUUUAACCCGAAAAAAUCUGCUGUAUUAGACUUUAACGAACCCGGCAGUGGGGUGAACCCGGAGCUCAGCAUCCAGGGGCUUGUGAUCCCCACAGCCAAAUCAUACAAGUAUCUUGGCAUCACGCUUUGCAACAACCGGAACUACCUAAGUGAGCAAGAGAAAGUGUGGAAAGAGAAAUCCACGAAAGCGCUCAGACAAAUGUACGCCAAGUCGCUAUGGAAGUUCAACAGGUUUGAGGUGACUAAGAUACGAUGGAAAGCGACAUGUGUGCCUGCGCUAACCUACUGCAACUCGGUCCUGACAGCAUCUGCGGAUACGCGCAAGAGGUUGGAAACAUCGCAGAGGGAAGCAGGCAAAUGGGCUCUAGGGCAACCCACCUUCAAUAUAGCCUAUGAGUUUAUUGAGGGAGAACUGGGAUGGGCUUCCUAUGAGAGCAGAGAAGCCAAAAGUAAAAUUCUUUUCUUUGCUAGACUCGAGCGAAUGCCGAGCUACCGGUGGCCAAAAGCCAUCCUGGAGGCAAUGAAGACAUGCAACAUCUUCAGUGAGGCGUACAAAAGAAUGAAACACCUCAGCAGACUGUAUGAGUGCGAGUUCGAUGAACCGCAACAUGUGGAAUCUGAAGAACGUCACUGGAGAGCCUUCCGCAACGAUGUGUGCGACCGCAUCAGAACAUUCACUGACAGGGAAUGGAGGGAGAACAUGGAAACCAAACCGAGCCUGAAAAGAUACAGGCAACACAAAAUGAACAGGGGCACAAUCGAUCAUGUAUAUGACAACACAAGAGGGAGUACCCUCCUGGCAGGGGCCCGUGCCGGUUUCCUCAACACAAACCCCUUCAGAGCCAGGUUCGAAGAAAUAGAUGGAAAGUGUGAGCUGUGCGACUGCCACAACGAAACCCUGGGACAUGUCAUCAUGGAGUGCGACGAAGAGAAUAGCUCUGAGCCAGAGAUCCGCAAAAGACUAGGCCUACACGAAGACUCAACACGAGAAACUGUAGAGCGAACAAAAAGAAGUCUAGAAAGAUGGGAGCGGGAGACGAAGAGAUAUGUCCCCUGCAAACGUCGGAUCAACCAACCUAUAACCAGCUGA